AUGAGCUAUCGCGGGGAUGCCCGUCGUGGGGGCAAUGACCGAUACGAAGGAUCUUCUUCUGGCAAAUAUGGUGGAGAACGAAGCCGAGAAUUCUCACGUGAUCAGCCACGCGAACGAGACUCGUAUCGACGCGAUGGAGGACGUGGACGCAACCGUUCUGACAGAGAUGUACCUCGCCGGUCAGAGCUUAACCACGACCUAGAGCGUGAUGGUGACUCAAGUACAUUGUCUGAACAACAAGAUGAGAGUCAACCGAAGGUAUCAAGUGCAUGGGAUCCUGCUAAAGAAGCACUGGAAGAUCCUACGUGGGCUCGUAUCUACAUUUCAAAUCUGCCAUCGGACGCCACGAGCGACGAGUUACAGGAAAUGUUUGGUGCCAUUGGUGUGGUUGCACGUGAAAAGCAAAAGCGCGGGUACAAGGAUCAAUGGCCUUUUAAGAUCAAGAUCUAUACGGAUACAGACGGUCAGCCAAAGGGUGACGCCGUGCUCACGUUCGAAGAUGCAAACGCGGCGCGGACGGCGCCAGAGUUUUUUAAUGGUGCAGAGAUCCGUGGCAAGACUAUCAAAGUAGAGCUUGCUGGUAAACCGGAACCUCCUGUAGGUGGUUGGCAUGGUGGCGGUGGCGGCGGUGGUGGUCGUCGUGGUGGUGGUGGUGGACGUUUUGGAGGAGGAGAUAAAUACGGCGGAGGUGGCUAUAGUCGAUAUGGAGGUGGAGGAGGUGGUGGUGGUGACCGUGACUUCCGUGACCGAUCGGAUCGUCGUUCACGUCCGUACUGA